CCUGCGCGAUGCGCCUGCGCGCUACUGAGGGGGAGGUGCCGCCGCCGCCGCCGCCGCGGGGCUGCCAGCGCUGCCGGGAGCGGAGCCGUCGAAGCGGAAGCGCUGCCGCCGCCGCCGCCGCCUUCGGUGCGCCCGAGGCGGAGCCAUGUCGAAGCGGCUGCGGAGCAGCGAGGUAUGCGCCGACUGCAGCGGCCCAGAUCCCUCAUGGGCAUCAGUAAAUAGGGGAAUUUUAAUAUGUGAUGAGUGCUGCAGUGUCCACCGGAGCCUUGGGCGUCAUAUCUCUCAAGUAAGGCAUCUGAAGCACACGCCGUGGCCUCCAACAUUGCUUCAGAUGGUUGAAACUCUGUAUAAUAAUGGUGCUAAUUCUAUCUGGGAACAUUCUUUGCUGGAUCCUGCUUCCAUUAUGAGUGGGAGGCGUAAAGCUAAUCCACAGGACAAAGUACAUCCCAAUAAAGCAGAAUUCAUCAGAGCCAAGUACCAGAUGUUAGCAUUUGUACAUCGUUUACCUUGCCGUGACGAUGAUAGUGUUACCGCCAAAGACCUUAGUAAGCAACUCCACUCAAGUGUAAGGACAGGCAAUCUGGAAACGUGUUUGAGGCUACUGUCCUUGGGAGCUCAAGCCAACUUUUUUCACCCUGAGAAAGGGAACACCCCACUCCACGUGGCUGCCAAAGCCGGGCAGAUUUUACAGGCUGAGUUGUUGGCAGUGUAUGGUGCCGACCCAGGCACACAGGACUCCAGUGGGAAAACCCCCAUUGAUUAUGCAAGACAAGGAGGGCACCGAGAGCUGGCAGAGCGUCUGGUCGAGGUGCAGUAUGAGCUCACGGACAGGCUUGCCUUCUACCUCUGUGGCAGGAGGCCAGGCAUGAAAACAAACCUUCGGUUGGUUUCUAUUUCAGAUCACCAAAAUGGACAGCACUUUAUCAUACCUCAGAUGGCAGACAGCAGCCUGGAUUUGUCUGAAUUAGCAAAAGCUGCUAAGAAGAAACUUCAGUCUCUAAGUAACCACUUGUUUGAGGAACUUGCCAUGGACGUAUAUGAUGAAGUUGACAGGCGAGAAACUGAUGCAGUUUGGCUUGCUACUCAGAACCAUAGCACUUUGGUAACAGAAACAACAGCUGUUCCCUUCCUUCCUGUGAAUCCUGAAUAUUCUUCUACAAGAAACCAGGGCAGACAGAAACUAGCCCGGUUUAAUGCUCAUGAAUUUGCUACACUGGUCAUAGACAUUCUGAGUGAUGCCAAGAGGAGACAGCAGGGGAACCCCAGCACUGGUUCAAAAGACAACGUGGAACUCAUCCUAAAAGCCAUCGGCAGCCAGCCCAGCAUGGAGAGUCAAGAUAACGACCAGCCGGACUAUGACAGUGUUGCCUCUGACGAAGAUCCUGAUUUGGAAACGACCAUGAGUAAAGGCAGCAGGCAGAAGAGCCUAGAUUCCGACUUGUCAGACGGACCAGUCCCGAUACAAGAGUUCAUGGACGUCAAAAAUGCUUUGGUGGCUUCCGAGGCAAAGAUCCAGCAGCUCAUGAAGGUGAAUAACAGCCUGAGUGACGAACUGAGAGUGAUGCAGAAAAAGCUUCUGACCCUCCAGAGCGAGAAUUCGACCCUCAGGAGGCAGGCCACCACCCAUCUCAGUCAGGUGGCACCUGGCUCUGAGUACUCAGACCCCUCCAGCCCUUCCUCCUUAAAGCGGCGUCCAUCCACCCGGGGCAGUAGACCCAUGUCCAUGUACGAGACUGGAUCAGGUCAGAAACCCUACCUCCCCCUGGGGGAAGUCGCCUACCCAGAAGAGAGCGUGGCAAGACUGCAGCCUUUCCCCCCGCACAUCGGGAGGAGCGCAUCUGUGACCUCCUCUUCAUCUCUGCCUUCCUUCCCCUCCACACUUUCCUGGUCCAGGGAUGAGAGCGCCCGAAGGGCUUCCAAGCUAGAGAAGCAAAACAGCGUGCCUGAGAGCGACUACGACAACACCACCCCUGACUCUGAGCUGGAUGACCCAGGGUCAAGUAGAAAGGCAAGACAACGGAGCGUCAUCUGGCCGGGGGAAGGAGCCAUCCCUGAGGUGGGAGACCCCCAUGGAGUGUCGAGCUCCACCCUUCCAAGCACGGAAGAUGUCAUCCGAAAAACGGAACAGAUCACCAAAAACAUCCAGGAGCUCCUGCGGGCAGCCCAGGAGAAUAGUCACGACAGUUAUAUUCCGUGCUCCGAGAGGAUACACGUGGCCGUGACCGAAAUGGCAGCGCUCUUCCCCAAAAAACCCAGGUCCGACAUGGUGAGGACUUCCCUGCGACUUCUGACAUCCAGUGCCUACCGCCUGCAGUCCGAGUGCAAGAAGACCCUGCCGGGGGAGUCCAGCUCUGCGGCGGACAUCCAGCUGGUCACCCAGCAGGUCAUCCAGUGUGCGUACGACAUCGCCAAGGCAGCGAAGCAGCUGGUGACCCUCACCACCAAAGAGAACAGCCGCUGAGGUGGCCCGGCCGCAGCUCCGAUGGGAGCCCGGCGGAUUUGUACAGACCAGUCUAGUGGCAGAGGAAACUUUAAAAUAAAACUCAGUAUUAUUUUUGCAUGUUUUCUAACAAAUUUUCAACUAUUAAUUUAACCCACUUGCCUUAUUUGGGCCUGUUUUGCCAGUUUAGUUACUGAUCAUAUGUUAUAAACAGCUCUUGCCUUGAUUUGUCCAUUACGUGCAAAAAGCCUCCCCCUUUGUCAGCCUCCGCUGCUUCCUGUCUGCGGUGCAGGAGACCGAGCGCUGGGAAGAGCGCCCUCCGUCGCGGCUCUCUCCCGCAGGUUCUGGAGGCUUGGUGCCUGAGCCGAAGCCCGGGCGCCCGCGGGGCCCUUCUCCCAUCUCAUCCGUCCCUCGGGGGCCCAGAACAAGGUCUCUGGCGUGGGCUUGCAUCGGGCCGGCGGCAGCGUUGCUGUUCGGCGAAGGCCUUCUGCCUCGUCGUGGUAGAGCCGAAGCUUGUCGGGAGGACCGACGUCCAAGAAGCACCCGGGCUCUGCAGAGCCCCCUCCGACCACGCUGCCAGGGCCUGGGCCAGAAGCCGCCUUUGUCGGCCCUGCCACAGACCCCCUCGGGGCACACGCGCGUGUCUUGUCCCCCUUCACGUGGCCCCUUGACUCACUGCCAAAUGUCCCCCAGGGAUGGCCGCGGUCGCCCCUGCGCGCAGCCCUGCUGUUGGUCACGAGGGGGGCCGCUUGUCCUUGUGCAGAUCGUCCCAGAACAGUCCGCCGCGGCUCGUCGCAGGGUGGCCCCCAGAUGCGCCCUCUUGAGGCGAGUGGCUGCGCGUGGCCUCUUUCUUGUCCUUCUCGUCCCCUUGUCUGCUUUGCCACCAAGUGCCGUAGCCUCGUCCGUGCUCCCGCAGCUCCACCGUCGCCGCCUUAGACGGGGCGCCCGCCCGGCGGCGGGACGCCGACGACUUUGGAGUUGGCAGCGAGAACGUCUCGAGCCUUCUCGGCCUACUGACUGUUCCUCGAUGGCGGCCCACGUCCCGAGACCCUGUGAGGCCUUGGAAAGACGGAGGAAGCCUCUGCCCGGGCAGUGCCAAAACACCACCCAGAGAAACUCUGCGUUCCCUCCAAGCCCUUCCCUCCUGCCUCGACGCACCACCAGGUCCUGGGCUGAGGCAGAAGAGCGAAGAGCCCGCGCUCAGCGCCUGGGAGUGGGCGCGAUGGCCGGCGGCGCCUGUCCCCGAGGCGGCCUGUUCUCUUGGCACCGAGGCCCGAUGCGCUUGCUUUUGUCCUUGGGAAAGCCCGUGCUGGCCCGCCUCUGCAGGGCCGCCUGGCGCACGGGGAGGCGCCGCUCCAGCAGGUUACUCCGGCCCCUCCUUGUCCUGGCUGAAGUGAAAUCCUUGUCUUUCCCAAAAUGCUGCAUAGGAAAAACAGAAUGCCUUUGUAUUGAAAACUGUAUUUGUCGGUGUCACUGACCUUGUGUCCCUUGUUGUCCACUCGCGCCUGUAAUUACUGUGCAACCCCGAGGGGUGUGAAACUGUCUGGAAUGGUAUGCCUGCUAGUGACGCAAUAAACAGGCUUCGCAGA